AUAUGUGCGCCGUCAUGUCAGCCGAUGUCAUGCUAUUUCUUGACAGUUUACUCUUUGCGUGCUAUUUGUUUCUCUGAAUCGUCGCGAAAAUCAUUGAUAGAAUCCUAAUCUUUGCGAUAACAACAAUUGUAAAGGCAACAAUGUUGUGACGAACGGCGAAGCGGUUUUGUGUGCUUGUGUAGAUAGACGGAAUCAGCAAACCCCGAAGGGAUUGUAGAGUGUAGAUUCGACGGGAAUAUUGGGGACGACUAAUUGGCUGGAAGCGAUAAGUGCGGCGGCGGCCGAGCAGGAAAUUGUGUUUAAUUGUUGUAUUCGCUUGUUCUGUGUUAAUUUUGCGCGGUUGGCUAUUCGUUCCACAAUAUUUGCAACAUUUGCGGUUCGGGACGUCUGUUUUAUGGGUUGCCGUCUAGCGAAAGAUGAGACAAAUUCUAACAUUUCAAGUGAAGUUGUCAACCGCGAAACUAUGGCCCGAUCAGGAGAGAGGAUUGACUUCAAGGCCCGGUUCGAACGCAAAAUGUGCCUGGCAAAGGAAACUCCAGAGCCGGAUUUCGACCUUUCGGAGUGCAACCUAAAGGAGAUCCCGGCCGGCGUGUUCGUUUUGUGCCGUGUACUGCGUAAGGAACAUUUGGACUUGAGCUGCAAUAAAAUCUCAGACUUUAUGGCCGGACCUAUGAGUGACCUAUCGCUGCUCCAGGUCCUGAAUAUAAGCCACAACAAGCUGAAAAAACUGCCAGACGAUCUGUUUAGGAUAGAAAACCUCAGGGAAUUACAUCUAUCAGACAAUCUUCUAACGCGACUACCAAAAACCAUUAACAGACUCAACCGCAUAGAAUUCCUAGAUAUAUCUCAUAACCGUAUAGAAACAAUCGAAGAGGUCAGUUGCAUGCCAACACUCCGAAUCUUGAAUGUAUCUGGAAACAGCCAGUUGCGAGAAAUUCCGUCGUGCCUGUCGACCUGCGAUAGUUUACGCGAUUUAAUUCUAGAUCAGGAUACACUCGAGUGGCCUCCUGCUCAAGUAAUCGCUGCAGGUACUGAACAUAUUCUAAAGUUUUUGACAACGGGAGAGUUAAACGUAGGAGAUGUGGAAGUAGCCUGCGAAGCGAAAGAAAAGAUGAGUUCAAGCAGAGAAGAUGCCUUAAUGAAGCUGCUGGUUGAUCGAGAAAGGCAGAACCAGACAGUUGAAAAUAAACUAAAGACUGUGCCACCGACUGACGAUGGCUACGGGAAUGAGAAUGCACUAAUCGAGCAGCUCCAUAUGCGGCAACAGAAGCAGAAGCAGAAAUUGCUCCAAGCAGUACUAUUCCAACAAAAUCAAACCGAGGGCCUAGUGAGUAGAAUACAGCAACGGAAGGACCAAGAGCGUGAUCUCCUUAUAAAGGAUAUUAAAGCAGCUGAACAGAACGCCAACCUGGUGAUAGAUAAAUUAUUGGCACUACGUAAUGGACCCGAUCCUGCCUUGCUCGAAAAAGAGCGUUUGGAGGAGGAGAGAUUACUAGAAAAGCUUCAUUUGGAGCAUUCCGAACUCCGUAAACAAGAAAUACUCGCAACAAUGGUGGAAGUUCUUCACAACGAAGACAAUAAGCUAUUAGAUUAUCAACAAAAGCGAAAUCUAACAAAUCAAGAUAUUCUAGAACGUGAAUUGGAGAGUUCGAGGCAACUAAAAGACUUUUUCUGUGACUAUGAAAGGAACAGGAGUGAUAUUAUCCAGAAGAUUUGUGAAGAUGAGGAAUUACAGAAGGAAGCCGUGGCCACACUCAUUGGAAUGAAUGAUGCUCGCACCUGGGGUCUAGUGGAGCAGCUGAAAAUUGUCGAAGCACAACUUGCAAAUAUGACACAAAUUGAAAUAGAUAAGAAAACAUUUUCAUCGAUUGAUCAAAUGAAUGAAUUGGCUGAUAAACGUAUGCGCCUUACGUUUGUUCUUAUGGAUCUACUUGAUCAACAAGAAAGCCGAAGGAAGGAACUUUUAGAUACGCUAAUGUGUAUGGAGGCACAGAAACGUAAUGAAGAAGAUUUUUGGCUGCUACAGUAUCAACGCCUCAUUGAUUCUCGUCCUUUGGAGUUUUCAAUUAAAACUCAUUCCAUAGACCCACUUCUGGGUUACAGUUUUCUCGUGAACGGAGUCAUACAUUGUUUGCCAUUUCUGCAGAAACUUUGGCAAAACAGUAACAUUCGUAUUGAAGAUCUAAGAGAUGAUGAUUUGGAAGCUUGUGGGGUUACACAAGAAAAAGAUCGAAAACUCAUUUGAAGUCGAUUAGAGACUUUAUUAACUGAAUCUGGAACUGUACAACCUCGCCUUGUGGAAACGCCAACAGCGCCAGUCGAAGUGCCAUCCACUAGUACUCAAGAAGGGAACGACCCUAUCACAACGGAUUCAGAUUCGCUAUCUGAAUGUGUUGUUUGCAUGGAAAGAACGGUAAAGAUAAUAUUUAUACCAUGCGGACACAUGUGUUGCUGUUCCGAGUGCCAACACAGUCUGGAGCUGUGCCCGAUGUGCCGAACUGACAUCGAACGCAGAAUCAAUGUCCGUCAACCGUAAUUUACCAAUCGAACAUUCCCUACAUUACUAGAUGCGUUUGGGAGAUUUUUCUACUUUAAUAUGUCCAACGAAUCGAUAGAAUUCAGACCGCUAUGAACAAAGACAUGUAUUGUGAUAAAAAUGCCAAAAAUAUUACAAGAAACGAGCAAAGUUAAUCAUAAAAGUUACGUAAAACGUAACAAUUGAAGUAUUAGCCUGUAGAUCGGGAAUAUUUGGCACAAUCGAUAUUACAAGAAUUAAAUUCGGUUUACUAUUUUCCCCUAAACUUGUUCUUGGAUUACCAGAAAUAUUUCAAUUUAUAUUAAUUCUAGUGAAAAUUUUGUGAUGGUUUAUGGGUUGAAAGUGACUAACUUGCUAAUUUCGAUAAAACUGAAAUCUAUUAUAAUAUUUAUGCAAGCGGAGAAAAGUUAUUUACUGUUAUUUAUGCCGCGAACAUGGGCAUAUUAUAAUAUAAAAGCCGCUUGUUUUUGAAUCGACAAAGUCACAAAUUAUUGUAAUUAUUGUAGCUUUUAAGAAAUCAAACGUUUUGAACAUAAAUUUGAAGUGUCCUUAAAGUAAAUAUAACUAAGCAGCACGUUAUAAGAAAAUUUAGUUUGUUAACGCAUAAAAUGUGCAGUCGCGUUCCAAAAUUGAUAUUGAGAUACUGAUAGAAGACCUGAUCGCCUUUAUUAUCAGAUAAUGAAUGGAACUAAAAUCAUUUGCAGGCGUUUCUCUGCACUUAUACAUUUUAUUGAUUUGAUUUACUCUUUGCACACUGAGCAUUUACAGUUUCCUUUUUAAAAGCUAUUUAUAUGGGAUACAGUUGUCAUUGUCAUUUUGUAGCAUCUAAACUGUGAUGUUGUUGUUUUAGUCUGACCAGCUAAUGAAAUAAAGUGUUUGCGAUUUUUUGAGAGAAAA